AUGAUUCCGCCUAUACCAACACACGAUGGCAUUUCUGCCGAAAACAAGAUCCAGCAUGUUCUGGCGUCACCCAAAGAGGUGCUCCAAAGUCCUCAGCAGGCUUGCAAGAAGAAACUCAACAAGAAUCAACCAAGUGAUAUCCCAAUCCCACCUUGUUUUGACGAUUCCAUCUCCCACUUGUUGAGCCCUUUCAGCCCUUUCCGGAAGCGAGCUGUCCUGGAGCGAGCCAUGCAUGCCAAAAAGAAAGACAUGUUGACCUUGAGUGUUAGGAAUAUAAUAUUUGCCGAGAACGACCAACUCGACAAUAGUGAGAAACUUGACCAUAGUGAGAGACUCGACAGAAGUGAGAAGAGAAUCCUUGAGGGCUAUCAAGGGAAUGAUAGUGGCCUUGUUUCUGUAGAAGAACAGAGCGACCGAGAAACUGCAGAAACCUAUCUCCGCCUUGCAAAAUUUCGUAAGAGCCAGGGCAAAAAUGACAGAUCUUAUGCGCUAUACCAAAAAGCACUCAAACUUAGACUGGAAACGCUGGGACCAGACCAUGUCAGUACUGCAGAGAUAUACACCGAUAUGGCAAACGUUCUAUUUAGUCAGAACAAAUUUGACAGAGCGAUGAGGAAAUAUCAGAAAGGAUUGAAGAUUCGAAUCAAGGCCUUGGGUUGGGAUCAUGAGACCACUGCAGAAUCUUACUGCAGCAUUGGCCAUGUCCUCUACAAACAAGGUGAUCUGAUAGGAGCGAUGCGAGUUUAUCAAUUGGUACUUGCUAUUCAAUUGAAGAAGGUACAACGUGAUAAUCCAUGUCUUGCUGAUACCUACUCGUCCAUUGGCACGGUCCAUUAUGACCUAGAUGAAAAUACAGAGGCCAUGAACAUGUAUGAGCGAGUUUGGGCGAUCCAAUUCAAGAAUAUUGGACCAGAACAUCUAGACACUGCGGCUACUUAUCACCGCAUGGCUAAUGCUUUGAGAAAGCAGGGCAAGAAUCAGAAAGCGCGACAAAUGUAUCAGCAGGCAUUGGACAUACGGCUGAAAUCACUAGGAAAGGAUCAUCCAAUCACUAUCGAGACCCAAAAUUAUCUGAAAGAACUCGAUGGAACAGGAAGAUGA